AUUUUAUUCAAAUCGGAUAAAUGCCAUACUCCUAAUCCCAACCAUGAUCAAAAAUUUAUAAAUUUUGGAAAUUACUGCAACUUAUAAUGUAAAUUUACAGUAAAUCGAAUAUUAUUCACGACCUUGAGUUUAGGUUAUGUUUGUGAAAGUUAAGAAAUCGAACAUGAAUAAUCUAAACAACCAAAACAUUUAUACUCUCCUCCAAACAUACUCCUCAUCCUUGAUUGACAGGGACCUCCAGGCCAAACUGGAGGAGAUCAAGAUCAAGCUGAAAAACGAGAUUCGCAAGGAACUGAAAAUCAAGGACGGCGCCUCGAAGCUUAAACUGGUUACCACAGAUAGGACCAAUUUGGCCAACGUCAAAUCGAUCGUCAAGAAGGCCAACGCGCGUUUGGAAGAGCUUCGCGCUCAAUUGGUCGAACUAGAAGCCCACUUAGUCAUGGUGGGGAGCGUUCCAUCCUCGAACAUCGAUGAGUCAUUAUCCGUUAGUAGUUAUUCCACCCCCGUCGUCAACAAGGCCGAAACACGAAAUACGGUUCGUAUUGGCGAAUUAGCGUCAAAAGUAAAUGUAACACCUGGGAAAAAGAGCACUUCCAUUCCUACUAUCGACUCGAAAGAUGUAAGCAGGUUAAUACCCGCUGUGCGCAAAUCAGCGUCCGACCCAAAAUGUGAUAUUAAUUCUUACGUCUUGGACGCCGAAAACGAUUCUCACAACAUACCCACCCCAAAAAGAUUCACCCAAAAAACUCCUGAUUUCGCUCUACGAGAAAGAGACGACAAUAAUGAUUGGGCAACUAAAAUAAAGAUAGAUACAACAAUGGAGGCGCAUCCUGGCGACAACCAUCUUGUGAGCGAAAGAUUGGCCUCUCUGCAAAAACAAUUAAUCAUUGAACAAAAGGUUAAGCAAGGAGCUGAAAAUUUGUUACAGACGAUAAGCAUGAAUCCCGCCAUAUCCAAAGAUCGUAAAAUGAUGUCCGAAGCACAACUCAUGCUCAGUGACGCCAAAAUGAAAAUCGAAUAUAUUAGAAUGCAAAUUCUAAAAGUUCAAGCUAUUGGAACCAAUAUAGAUCAUAAUGCUUCUGCUCAUUCAAAUUCUGAAAACGAAUUUUCGGAAUUGGAGUUAAGGAUCGAAGAUAUCAGAUACAGAAUGACGAUUGAAUUGGCUAUAAUAGAAGGCGCUAAAAAUGCCAUAAAGAUUAUGCAAGGUCUAAAAAAUCUCGAUAAAAAAUCCAUCAACGAAGCCCAACUAAGGCUCUUUGAAUCUCAGCAAAAAUUGGACAUGCUAAAAUUAGCUUUCAAAAAGAGGGUUGAAGAGAUUUGCUCCAAGCAACCCCUUCCCGUGAUGUACGAUCACGAAAACGCCGGCGAAUACCAUGGCCAUAAAAUUACCCAGCUCAAAUCGGAAUUGGAUACUAUCAAAAGGAUUGGUAGCUUGACUUCAUCCCUCAAUUAUUUUCCUAAUGCGUCUGGAAUCAAGAAUGGUAGCAUUGGAUCGAUACCCAAACCCAUAGCCAUAACUGGCAUAUUGGAAGUUAGACUCUUAGGAUGUCAAGAUUUGUUGGAAGAUAUCUCCGGCAAGGACAAGAAGGAGCAGCAGCUGUCAAUGAUCCCCAAUCAUAAUAAUAAUUCCUUGAUAUCAUUUCCGUCCACACCGACUGACCUAAAAUCGAUUGUAAGAUCUUUCCAUAAAUCCAGCAAAAUUUACAGCUUUAAAGACGAGAUAUCAAACGAAAUCAGCGGAAUUCUUAAAUUGGAUAACAUGUUUGUCGGGCAAACCAAAUGGAGCCAGUACUCGCAGAAGGCAUGGGAUCAAAAAUUUAUAUUGCAACUGGAUAGAUCUCGUGAAUUGGAAAUCGAUAUUUAUUGGAAAGAUUCGAGAUCUUUGUGCGCCCUAAAAUUUUUAAGGCUGGAAGACUUUUUAGAUAAUCAACCUCAUGGACUUAUAUUAACGUUGGAACCCCAAGGAUAUUUAUUUGCGGAAAUACACUUUUUAAAUCCGAUAAUAGCCAGAAAACCUAAACUUCAGCGUCAGAAGAAAAUAUUUUUUAAACAUCCAGGUAAAAAUUUCUUGAGGCCCAACCAAAUGAAUAUUAAUGUCGCCACUUGGGGGCGUUUGAUGAAGAAGGCUUUGAAUCAACACGAUAAUAAUACAUCCAUGUUAGCUUCCCCAUUUGAUAAUACUUAUAAUUUCGAAAAAUCUGCCAAGACAUCCAUCGAUUCACAAGCCACCCUGUUGAAUAAAAUGACUCUUCCAUUUUUUAUUCCCGAAUCACCAUCAAUCAAAGAGGGUGAUAAAUCAACAACUAUUGCACCUAUCAACGAUUAUGCCGUGAUAACGACUAGUAUAUUUGACGCAUCUCCCAAUAUAGAUAGUAUUUCCCCCAGUUGUUUUACCCCGAAAAUAAGUAAUUAUGACAAUAAUUCCCCUCUCUAUUUAUCAUCCCUCAAUUUCGAACCCGUUGUUAACGAGAAUGUUACUGCUGAUAUCAAGCCUAAAUCUACCCAUCAUCACAGAUACGGUCAGCAAAGGCAUGAAGUCGUGAAUCUGGGCGAGUGGCAAAACAUUAAGACAUCGCAAGAUGUUUCUCCCUACAAAAAUGUCAGCAAAACAGCCAAAGUUCCGCCCCUACCAAAUAUGGCAGAUCUUAAUAUAAAUCUCAACGUUACUGCGCCAGAUAGUUUCCAGAAUAAAGAUGACGAGGCCAAAAAAUUGACCAGCAUAUUUACCGCUUCCAAUAAAAAUGAUUCCGAUUUUUACUUGCCGAGUCAAAAAGCAUUUACUCAAUUAACGACUGAAUGCAAAAUGGAAGAUUUCAAAUUUGUUAGCGUUUUAGGACGAGGGCAUUUCGGGAAGGUUAUUUUGGCUCAAUACAAAAUAUCGAAAGAAUACUACGCGAUAAAAGCCCUUAAAAAGGCGGAUAUAAUAGCGCGUGACGAGGUUGAGAGUUUAUUGUCGGAAAAGAGAAUAUUCGAGAUAAUUAACCGCGUUAAACAUCCUUUUUUGGUCAACCUGAUUGCUUGCUUUCAAACCCACGAACACGUAUGCUUUCUUAUGGAAUAUUCAUGUGGGGGCGAUUUGAUGAUGCACAUACACACCGACGUAUUUUCCGAAUUCAGGACAUGUUUUUAUGCCGCAUGUGUCGUUCUGGGUUUGCAAUACUUGCACGAAAAUAAGAUUAUAUACAGGGAUCUGAAAUUGGACAAUCUCUUGCUCGACAAAGAUGGAUACGUGAAGAUGGCUGAUUUCGGAUUGUGCAAAGAGGGAAUCGGAUACGGUGACAGGACCGGCACCUUUUGCGGCACUCCCGAAUUUCUGGCGCCCGAAGUUUUGACUGAAACAUCUUACACCAGAGCCAUUGACUGGUGGGGUCUUGGCGUUCUCAUAUUCGAGAUGUUGGUUGGAGAGUCUCCAUUUCCUGGUGACGAUGAAGAGGAAGUUUUCGAUAGUAUUGUGCAUGACGAAGUACGGUACCCCCGAUUUGUGUCUACUGAAUCCAUAUCUAUAAUGCGAAAGUUAUUAAGACGAGACCCUUUGAAACGGCUGGGUUCUAGUGAAAAUGACGCGGAAGAAGUGAAAUGUCAACCUUUUUUCAGGGACAUUGACUGGGCCAACCUAUUAGCUCGCAAAAUAAAGCCUCCAUUUACCCCUGUCUUAAAAAAUAUUGAGGAUGUCAGCAAUUUUGACGAUGAGUUUACUACCGAACCUGCCAUAUUAACUCCCGCGAAAGACAGAAACCCUUUAACCAAAGCAGAUCAAUUGUAUUUUAACCAUUUUGAUUAUAUAUCUAUCAUAAAUUAAGAAAUUAUAGUUGAGAGUACAACAAAAAAGAUUAUUGAAUGAUUUAUCUUUUAAUUAUUGUAUCAAUCUUAGCCAAUCGUGAAAAUGAAAUGCAUUAAGAAUGUAUAAUACACUAACCAUGAAUUUUAAACGAUCGAAGUUGCCAUAAUUAUUACUAUUAUUUAAUAUAAGCUUAUUAUUAUGAAUGUUUAUAUAAUAUUAUUAUAAAAAUAUAUAUCGUUAAAUUAAAAGAUAAUAAAUAAUAACAAUGAUAUAGUUACUUACCCUAUAUAAUUAUUUUCUU